UCAAAUUGACUGGAUAUUAAAGAAUCGCACACAUAAAUCAUGUCAUUCCAAACUGGAGUGUCUGUUAUUUCCAUUUAUAUUAAUUCACAAAGGGAGGUUUUAUUAUUAUCAUUAUUAUCUCCAAAUCGACAUCGAGAUGAAAUCCACCCAAAUUAUACAUUCUUCCCAUGAAAGAAGAGGAAAAAGGAAACUGGGAAAGUCAUCUGGGAUGUGGUAUUGGUUCAGUUAUUAUAUUCAACACAGAUAUUACAUAGACAUAUAAACGUUUAUAUUAUUUGCUCUUAUGAAUUGUGAAAAUUUGGCAACAGCUGAAAGAUUUCCACCAAUAUUAGUAAGAGCAAUUUCAGUUUUCUAUUCUAUCCCUGAGCAUCUUAACUCCAGAAUCAUUUCACAAAUACAUAACAGUUUACAUUACGGGAUUUUAAUUAAAGUCUGAGCAAUUUGGAAUGGAAUGCAAACAGCAACACAUAGGAACAUGUUUGCAAGCCACCAGGACCGCACACCCACUGUAGUCCACACACAUCCCGAGCGCUGUGAACUUCCUGCUGUACAACAGUCCCUCGGAGGAACCUGCACAAUUUGCUCCCCUCUCAACCCAGCUGCCCAGCAGGAAGCACACCUGUUAGGAAGGCAGUCACUACAGAUACACAGACACACAGAGGCCCGGAUGCUCCCAGUCAGCACCUGGCGAUUGGCAAGAGCAUUCAUCUUCUGUGCCACAGUUUCAUCCCUCAGAAGGAAUCUAAGUUUGGACCAAUUCGUCACCCAUUGUACAGAGAAGUCCGAAGCAAAGGGCCCGGGAGCGAGGCGGAGUUUUUACAGCACUUCCCCUCCCCCCCUCGUGCUGCAUCCCAGACAAGCUGACUCCAAGAGCUCAGACGGAGAACACACAAUGCAAGAGAAGCAGCUGCAGCCUCGUCCAAUUAUGGUGCUAAAUUACCAAGCCAAAGGCGCUCCGAGGAAGACAGAGACAGAGAGAGUGAGACACGCACACAGAGACGGAGAGACGCAGAGAGACAGCGAGAGGGAGCAUGCAGUUCUGGUACAACGUGAAUCCAAACUCACCAUGGAUGAAUAGGUGUGGACUAACAUCUGGAAAAAAAAGCCUGGUUACUGCUCAAAAUCAAACAAUGAUUUCCAAAAAAAAAUCAAGGAGUCCAGCAAAGAAACGGGCUGGACACAGAAGCCGAGCUUGAAGUGUUUCCAGGGCCAGCCAUCAAAAAAAAAAAAAAAAA